UGCACUGUGUUCCUAUUUUUUCCGUCGUCCGUUGCUUCCACGCUCUAUACACGUCUUCAUGCAGUGCGUAAUCCUCCUACAUCAGGAGCUAGCGCUUGAAGCGAAGAAUAACUAAGUGCGCGCGCGCACUUGGGCCCCGAAGAAAGGAUUUGCAUUUUCACUUUGUCGACGCGUUCGCUUCAGUCAGUGCGCUACCGACUGUCGAAGCUAGCGGACGCGGAACUUCCUUUCCUGCGCGGUUCAGUGUUGGGCACAGUUCUUGGAAGGACAGGAAGCGGUUGAAUUUGGUAAUCUGUGGAUAAUGCAGAAGAAAGUGAUUGGGAUAAAAAGUUUUCAAGUGAUUGGGAAUCUGAGUGAAAAUUAAACGAAAACAAAAAAAUAAAUCUUCAUGGUAAAUCUAUAGAAAGUGAAAAAAUCUGAUCAAAACAGAAUUAUAGAAAACAAAAAGGUGAAAUCCGAUCGAAAAGGGAUGUGACAAGAAGCUUACCCAAAUCGGAAACAAAGUGGAACAAAUGAAGAUCUAAAAUUAGUGAUCGUGAUUGACAGCAAAUCAAGUGACAUUGGAUCCGAAGACACCACCGAGCGAGUGGGACUGCCUUUCAACAAAAUAUACGUACACAGUGAUGAUGCACCAGUAGAUCAAAUUCGGCACAAACGAAACCGCCACCGACCGACCGACCGUUCUGAUUGUGAUUGUCCCGCGACAGUAGCGUGGAAGCGAAGUGAAUCACCGCGCGCACCAGACAAUAAAGAUUAAUUGUCAACGCGGAGAGAUUGGAUUAGAGCAGACGACGACCCAGCAAAACAUAAUACAGGAUCACUGGUUUACCUUUUUGGUUGCGUGUUUGGGAUUAGUUUAAAAAGGUUUCAACAGGAUCCUACAUCCCCUUCUGUGAGCCAAUGUCCUUAGGUCAAGAUCGGCCAUCAGCGUCACUGUCGCCCGCUUAACCAUCUUCAUCAUCUUCGUAUAAACGGUGCUCCCGCCCAUCGUGCUGUAAUGCGUCCAAUAAAACCCUCUUCUUUAGAUGACAGACCAGCCGGAAAACGGUCCAACUGAUGCAAAUGUCGAACCACGAACGCGCCACUGAAGCUAAUGGAAGAGUGCAAUUGAUUUGAGUCGAAUUAUUUAGCAAAGUGCAAUAUUGUUUCCGUAUAGCAAGAAAGUAGUGACAAGUGUAACCGUGCGGUGAAAUAUGGCUACGCAAGUGCUGUUCCCCCUGCCGGCGAUUUCCUUAGUGACACUAUUGUGGCUGCUGACGGUGAUUGUGAACGAACAGUUAGAACCGAUUGCAGCGUACAAGAUUGUGGGUGAUACGGAUGAGAUUCGAAUAAAUCUCGGAACGAAGAAGCUCGUCAAGGAAACGGUCCCGCUCAACUCGAAUCUAAAAAUCAAAUGCAAUUUUGAGAGCCCUGCUUGGUUCAAAAAUGGCGAGCCGACCACAAGCGACGCGAAACAUGGGAAAUCUCUCAAGUUCAUCCCCGUCAAGAAAACCGACGCCGGCUACUAUUCCUGCGGGUCCGUCUACGGCGAAUGGUCCAACCUAACCCUCUCGGUAAUCAGCCAGCACGAAGCGUCCGAUCACUACCAAAGCGAUUCGCCCGGCAGUGGUCUAGGGCCAGCCGGUUCCAGCCUGACACGUGUAGCUAACCUGGAGAAGAAGAGUCUCCUGCCACCAGCAGCAAUAGCCCAGCCAUCGUCGAGCCCGGCUCCGCUGGAUAUGGUCGGGAAUGAUCUAUCCGAGAUUUCAGACAAGCCGUUUGACAGCGGAAUUAUGUCAACCGCCACCAGAAAGGUUGGAGAGAACUACAAAUUGAAAUGCAAUGUGACGAGCGAGGCAAAGUUUCAAAUCAGUUGGAUUAAAGAUGGCGAGGUUGUAUCGAACACGAAGAACAGACCCACUCUAGCGUUGCAUACCUUGAACCUUGAUGAUGCCGGAGUCUACGUGUGCCGGGUAUGUAAUGCGCAGAACUGUGUGAAUUUUACGACUGUUUUGCAAGUGGUCGAAGAAUCUGAUGAACCCUUCAUCCGUUACAACGAUAUGGAGAUACAUUCGCAAGUGUCCGACAAUGAAGAACCAAACAAUCCGGACUACGUCGAUGAUGAACACGAUGACUACGAGGACGCCGAAGAGGAUGAAGAAGUUGAUGAAGAGAUGACGUCAGCGGGAUCUCGACCGGGUAGCGCCGAUGGUGAUUUCACUGAGAGUCAAUCCGCCCCACCCAAACCCACCGGGCUGCUUCCUCCUGGCCCGCCAGUCUUCACCAAGGAAGAACAUAUGGUGAAGCUGAUGCCAAAGCCGUCCGGAAAUAUGGUGCGUCUACGCUGCCCAGCGGACGGUAACCCGGUGCCGAACAUUACGUGGACAAAGGAUGAGGAGCGAAUCGUCCGUAGCAUGGGCUCGGUCAAGUACGCCAAGUGGUCGAUCGUGCUUGAGGAUCUCGUUCCCAAGGAUUCCGGAAAGUACACGUGCCACGUCUGCAAUGUCUAUGGCUGCGUCAAUUUCACCACUAAACUAGAAGUGAGAGAUCGUUUUCCGGCACGUCCGUAUAUCAAAGAGGGCUUUCUGCAGAAUACAACUGUUUUGGUUAAUUCUACGGCGACCUUAGAGUGUCGUACAAUAUCGGAUCUUGAGCCACACAUUGAAUGGAUCAAGUUUCACAUCGUCGACAGUGUCAAUCCGAAUAUUCCGGAGAACAUUACCAAACUUGAGCGUGACUCCGAUAACCCAGAGGUUCUGACCCUUGAGAAUGUGUCCUACGCGGAUGAAGGCUGGUACACUUGCGUCGCAGCCAACACGCUUGGCGCAUCCUACGAGAGUGCAUAUUUACGGGUGGUUGAUGAAAUACUGGAUGAUAGCCCGAUGGCUCAUCCUGUGCGGCAGCACUCCACCCUGAUAACGAUCAUGACCACUGUGUUGUCGGGCUGUUUCAUGAUCCUGGCGAUCAUCGUGAUCAUCGUUUGUAAGAAGCUGAAGCGGGAAAAAAUGAAGCACCGAGCCAUGGAGCAUGUGAAUCAGUGGACUAAGAAGGUUAUCGUGCUGAAGCAACCGGUCAUAGAGAACAGCAUUCCAGGGGUGACCGAGUCCAUGCAAAUGCCGAUCGUUCGCAUUGAGAAGCAACGAUCGACUCUAGUGCAGAGUGGAAACUGUGACCCGAGCAUGAUCUCCGAAUACGAGUUCCCGAUCGACCUGAACUGGGAAUUCCCGCGCAACAAGCUCAUUCUUGGCAAAAGCCUGGGCGAAGGGGCCUUCGGAAAAGUAGUGAUGGCAGAGGCAAACGGCUUGGUGAAAGGACAGGCCUCCACUGUCGUGGCAGUGAAAAUGCUCAAAGAGGGUCACACCGAUGCCGAUGUGAAGGACCUGGUUUGCGAAAUGGAAGUCAUGAAGAUGAUUGGCAAACACGUCAACAUCAUCAACCUGCUGGGGUGUUGCUGCAAGGACGGUCCCCUGUACGUGAUUGUGGAGUACGCUCCGCACGGCAACCUGAAGGACUUCCUGAGGAGUCACCGUUUCUGUACCACCAACUACGAAGAUAUGGUCAGUGGCGAAAAGGAGAAGAAGAUUCUUACCCAGAAGGAGCUGAUUUCGUUUGCGUAUCAGAUCGCUCGGGGUAUGGAACACUUGGCUUCCAGGAGGUGUAUUCAUCGGGACUUGGCCGCACGAAACGUGCUGGUGAGCGAUGGCUACGUAAUGAAAAUUGCGGAUUUCGGUUUAGCGCGAGAUAUUCACAGUCAAGAAUACUACCGAAAGACGACGACUGGUAAACUGCCGAUCCGAUGGAUGGCGCCAGAGUCGUUGGAAGAGAAGUUCUACGAUUCCCAGAGUGACGUAUGGUCCUUUGGAGUUCUACUCUGGGAAAUCAUGACGCUGGGUGGAAAUCCCUACUCCUCGAUUCCCACCUGGGAUAAUCUUCUGGAGCACCUCAAAAAGGGCAAGCGACUGGAGCAACCUCCGUUAUGCUCCAUUGAUAUAUACCUAUUCAUGCGCGAAUGUUGGCACUACCGGCCGGAAGAGCGGCCAACCUUCAGCGAAAUCGUGCAACACCUGGACCGGCUGGUUAGCAUAACGUCCAACGAAGAGUAUCUGGAUCUCGGUCUGCCACUGCUGGAAACGCCACCGUCCAGCGAUGACGAGUCGGAUGACAACGAUAACGACGGCUGCGAACGGGUACGGAUGUACCCGUUCAACCACCACCACAUCCAUAGUCAUACCACCGAAAGUACCUUUUAAGUAAUGAAGAGGCGAAGCGUUCCAAACUUGUUUGAACGAAAAAAAAGAGGAGAAAGCAACGCACGAACUAUAAAACAAAUCAGACGUCCCAAGGCUCUGUGAGCAAUAGAUGUUAGGAAAUCGCAAAAAAAAAGUGUAAGAAUGAGUUUUUCGUUCAACCUGUAGUGAGAACGAGUGUAGAUAGCUCUGAGUUCAUCACGUCCAUACGAGUGCGAGUAUAUGCGUGUUUGUUUAAUUAUUGUUAAGAUUGAGAACAAAAAUAUAAGACUGUAUUUAUUAAAAAUAUCAAACUCCGAACGUUCUCCCCCGUGUCUCAACGAACUAAUCAAAUAGUGGAAGCGCAACGCAACGUCAACUAUAGGGGGAGUUGGUAACUAGUCAGGAGGUCCCACAUCCAUGACGGAAAAUUCGACGGCCAUAGAAAAAUGUGGCCAUACUUUGCAAUUGUUACAUGUGUACAUAGAAAACUUGCAAUAUACUGCUUCAUUUCAAGGUUGAACCUUUAGCUUGUAAGGCGUAGUUACUGACAAUCAAGACCAAAGUGUAUUGAAUCAAAUAUUUAACGUGAGUGUCAACGAUAGUAAUGUAAUGCUCAUCAAAUUCUCAUCAGAGUAAUAGUACAUCCGAACUGAUCUACUAGUAGAAUAAGCAUUAAACGAACCGUUCUAAUAGGCUAUAUCAUCGAGCGAAAUGUGACAGCUGCAAUAUUAAAUGUAUGUGGAGUUAAUAUGCAAAACAGGAGUUAAGGCGCGUUAUGAGGUAUUUCAGACAAUGCACGUUAUGUGGUUAAAUGUCGAAUUAGAUAAGAACGACGAAGAAGGUCUAGAAAAGCAAGUAGCACCAUCACAAAAUAUCACACUUUCUACAUCACUGAAACUCAAAGCAAAUGUAGAAGAAUGAACAGUAAUUAUAGAUGUAUAUAAAUUAAUGUAAAAUGCAAUAAAAUAGUACAAAUCAAA